GCGUUAGGAUGACUUUCUCCACCCCCCAAAACCCAUUGGCUUUUCCCAAGCCUUUAGGGAGAACCCUCUAAUUCAUUAUUGCAAAGCACAGCACUGUCUUGAUCGGCAUCAGUGUCAGUUCAGCCACAGCAGUGAAAUUUCACAGCAGACAUAAUGGUCAGAAUCAGCAACAUGUUGGGAAUUGUCUCUUUAUGCGUAGUAUUGCUGCUGGGCACAGAGGUCUGCAUAGCAGCAAGGCAAGAGCUGAUAAUUACCACCAUAAAGCAAGACCCCUACACAAUGAGCAAGGGCUCGCAGUUGGAAGGCUACUGUAUGGAUCUGCUCGCUGAGCUGGCGAAGAAGCUGGGUUUCAAAUAUAAAGUUCACCUGGUAAAGGAUGGAGCGUACGGCCGACAGGAUGAAGGUGGAAACUGGAAUGGAAUGAUUGGGGAGGUUGUUAGAGGGGAAGCUGAUCUCGCCGUGGCUCCCCUCACUCUCACUGCUGCCCGGGAGAAGGCUGUGGGAAUGACAAAACCUUACAUGCAGACCGGAAUCAGUAUCCUCCUCCGCAAAGAUAUCGUUUCUGAAGAGGCCGGGUUUUUUGACUUCCUCUCCCCCUUCUCUGGGGAGACCUGGUUGGGCAUCCUGAUUGCAUACUUUGUGACUGCAGUCUGCAUCUGCAUUGUGGGAAGGUUGAGUCCAUGUGAAUGGAGUCAACCUGAGACGGAGCCAAAUCGCAUCACUCUUCUCCACAGUUUGUGGUAUGCUGCGGGAGCCUUAAGUCUGCAGGGUGCAGGCCCUCACCCUAAAGCUGUGUCAGGAAGGGUUAUCAGUUGUACCUGGUGGUUGUUUGCCGUCGUGCUCCUGGCCUGUUAUUUUUCCAGCCUCAGUUCCUCUCAGGGGUCUGACUCUGCACCGCUCAUGAUUAAAGGUUUUGAGGACUUGGCUAAUCAGGAUGUAAUAGAAUAUGGAACACUUGCCGGCUCCUCCACCCUCGCCUUCUUUAAGAACUCGAAUAACCCAUCUUACCGUCGCAUCUAUGAGCACAUGGAGCGGAGAAAGAGUUUUGUGUCCUCCAUGGAUGAGGGUGUCCAGAGAGCAAAGGAAGGAAACUAUGCUUUUAUUGGAGAGUCAGUGUCCUUGGACUUAGCUGUGGCACGACAUUGUGAACUGGUCCGGGCGCAUGAGGUCAUCGGGAUGAGAGGUUACAGCAUUGUAACUCCUCUUGGAUCUCCCAUGCUGAAGAACCUGAGUGUGGCCAUCCUGCAGCUGAGUGAGGCUGGGGAGCUAGCGUACCUGCGCACUAAAUGGUGGGCCAGCAGCUGUAUACCGGAUAGUGCCAAAGGCUCGUCUCUGAGGGCACAUAGCAUGAAGGGCAUCUUCCUGGUUCUGGCUAUAGGCCUUGGGAUUGGAGUGCUGCUCUCCUUGUUUGAACUCACCUCAAAGUCUCGCAGCACUGCAGGGGAGCAGAAGAAAUCCUGCUGCGCAGUUUUGACUCAGGAGUUGAGCCGGCGUUUGAGAAUGACCAAGACAAAGGGAGACCAGGAAACCUAAAAUGCUCAGCAACAUUAAUGUAAUAUGCAAGUCUUACAUAGCACAAUGACUUUACUGUUCAUAGGUCUGAACAUUAUCUGGUGCUAGGUAUUAUUACUAUUUUCCAAGUUAGAUAAUUAUAUAUUCUUUAACAUUUAAUAUUUCAGCUGAUUUAGAUAAGAUGUACUAAUUUUCAUAUGGGGAGAGUGGGGUGAGUUGAGCCAGUUUUUAAUUACCAGCUCCCCGUGACCCUAAUAAGGACAAAGAGGUUUGGAUAAUGGAAUGGAUGGAUGGAUGGAUGACUUCUUAACAUUUUUAUUUAAAGAUACAGUUCACAACUAUGAAGGCAUUUUUUGAAUUAUUUAAAAAUGUAAGAACAAAAUAAAGUUUCAAUUGAAGAAAUAAAUUGCAAUUGACCAGGCUAAUAUUUCUCAACAUCCCACUUAAAAAUGUUGCAAAAAAACGCAAAUGGCCAAUUUUCAUAAAGCAAGGUCUAUUUCAAUUUUUUUCUAAAUAAUAUCAAGUUCAAAACAAAGAACAACAUCAAAAAUUUUUUGUCUAAAAUUAAUGAAUUAUUACAUAGAAGUACAGUAAAAUAAUACUUUAUAAUCAUAGGAAGUGGUGAGCCAAUGGCUCAACUUACCCCAUGACUUUUGGCUCAAAUUACCCCACUCUAAUCAUUUUAACCAACUUGUCCUGCAGUUUAGAGCUAACAUCAUGCUAAAAGUACAGUCUCAUAUAAUAACUUAUUAAAGUGCAAACACAAUAUAUUCUUUCAGAUUUGUCUGUAACUGUCUGUAAUUGAAUCCUUGAACAUAAACAAAUCACUUUGAACAUAAAUGUAGCAAUUAUUGCAUGGACCUCUUUCUAUCACAGGGUGAGUAAAAUGGACAAUUCUCCAUAUAUAUCACCAAUUUUGUUUAAGGUUGUUUAAGGGUGUCUAGAAACAAGGGGUGGCUCAACUUCCCCACAUGCCCAAAUCACCCUGCUCGUCCCUAUUUGUAUACAAAACUGAAUAAUUUAAUUUAAUAAUUUAAUAAUAAUAAUAAAAAACAUUUUACAUUUAAAUCAAGCUGCCUGUUUGUUCAGUAAAGCUGUUGCAAUGAGACACUUUUUUUUUUAUCUUUCAGCAAAAUAUCAUGCAGUUUGUAUAAGAUUGUUCUCAUGUAUUCAAUCUUGAAACAAUAUAGAACCUUCUUUAGACCAGAAUUAUGAAUCAAAAUGUUAAAUAUAGAAUCUAUUUUGUUAACAAAGGACAAAGAUUGAGGACAAGUGGAAAGGAAAUUUGAUUUUAUGUUUGUUAAAUUCUGUACACCAGAGGAACUGUUUGUAACAAAUUCAAAACAAGAACAA